CUCGCUGUUGGCUGUGGUAACAUUUCAGUCAGAGGGAAGACUCUGAAGGAGACUGUUUCUCUGGGAAAACCUGCGAGUAGAUACAUUAUGGCUGUAACUGGGGAUGAGACAGAAACAGGCACCUCAGGUGACUUGACUGCCUGCCAGCUGCAUAACACCAGCUCCAGCCUUCCACAGGGGGUGGCAGCCACCAGCACGCAUAGUUUCCUGAAACCUGUGGACCCCUUACAAAAGAGGGAGCACCGCUUGAUGAGGAACAGGGAAGCUGCCCGGGAGUGUCGACGAAAGAAGAAGGAAUAUGUCAAAUGCCUCGAAAAUCGCGUGGCCGUGCUCGAGAAUCAAAACAAGACUCUGAUUGAGGAGCUUAGAGCCUUAAAAGACAUUUACCGACACAAAGUCGAGUGAUUCUUUUGAUUGUGUGGAAUGUGUUUUGUCUGCUUCUGUGGGGUGUCUUGAGAACUCUGGUUUUACUCACACACAUACACAAAACUCUCCUUGUCCUGGCUAUAAAAUGUGUUUACGCGAUGAUGUCAAUGUUUCUGGCUCUGAAUGAUCUAAUGCGCCACCACCAGCAAAAACAAGAACCUUAUUUCAGGUCAGGGUUAUUAUCGGUGAGUAUUACGAGGCGCUUAUGUCCCUUUGAACAGGAAUGCUGCCAAGAGAUACAGAAGGAGAAGGAUGGAAGAUGUUCACAAACUGCUCAAUCGUCACGACUUACUGGAGCAGGAGAACGAGAAGCUGAAGGCCGAGCUGCAGUGCCUGAAGAGACUGAACAUCCAAAGAAGCUGCCUUUAUCUGCCACCACAGCCUUCUCAGCCACCACCUUAACUGCACUGCAUUUUACAUUCCUUUAUGAUGACAUUUAAAAAAAAAAACAUUUGUUUCUAUUAAAAUACUAUAACAAAAUUGAGUUUGUGAUGGUCUGUUUUGCUAUGGCCAAAUGUUUAAAGGGAAUCGGGUCAUCAGAGCUUCACGUCGCAAUGUUUGUCUUUCAUGUUAUUCCACUUCAGAACUCCUGAUGCAAGCGUACUACCAGGAAUAAACACCCAUCACCCAUCUCCCGCGGUAUUUGUACAAAAAGAAAAGGAAAAGGAGUGAAUAUUUAGUUAACAAAUACAUACGUUUGUGAAAUUGUAUUGAUUUACUGUUUUAACUUAACUGUUUUGUGCAUAAUCUCAGUAUACAUGGCUGAAUUCAGAAGUUAUUUAUGUAACAUUUAACAUUUUAAAUGUUAUGAUUACACCAUAAUUAGAGGUCUUAUGACAUUUAUUUUUAUGUAUUUUCUUUAAUAAAGUUCUUGCUCAAU